ACAGGCAGAGGUCCCGCCGCGGGUCGUUAGCUCAGAGCUGUGACCCUGCCUGCAGGCUGCGGGGCCGUGGUCGGUGCUGGGGAAGGCCAUAACGUGGUAGUGGUUUCACCAUGGGAAUGCCUGAUGAGGACAGUGGGAACGUUAAGGUGCUGGUGUAAAAGAUGAGGCUGAAUGAGAGCCGGACAAGAUCCUUCCAGGCUCCUGUCACCAUCCAUAACUACCCGGGCAGGCAGGUCUAUGUGUUUCCCAAUGGCCGCUCUGAUUCGGAGGAGUCAUCAGAGGAGGAACUCAACGUCAUGGAGUUACGACCAAGGGGCAAGGAGCAGCAGCGAUGCAGCACCUCUCGGGACAGAGUUGGAGACGUGGUACUUCUGGAACGGGAGAUUAUGGAGGGCGAUAACCUAAACAAGCUGGCCCUGCAGUAUGGCUGUAAAGUUGCAGAUAUCAAACGUGUCAACAACUUCAUCCGGGAGCAGGACUUGUAUGCUCUGAAGUCCAUCAAGAUCCCUGUGAAGAGCCAUGGGCUGCUAACGGAGAGCGGCGGAGACCUGAGGCCAGUCCCGAGCGUGCCCACACAGCCCGGCCUGACACUUGUGGACUUAGGGGAGCCUGAUGGGGGUGUGAGCAGCAGUGCUGAGAGCAGACACCUCAGCGACUACUUCAAGGGGAUUGACAAGAGCAUUCAGGACGCUGUGCAGGCCGAGGUCCAGCUGAACACCGAGUACUGCCCGGAGGCACUGGAGCGGCCGCUGCCUGAAGCAGGGAAGCAGGAGACCAACAAUGGAGCGGACUGUGGGAUCCAGUGGUGGAAUGCAGUUUUUAUUAUGCUCCUGAUAGGAAUUGUUCUGCCGGUAUUUUAUAUCAUCUAUUUUAAAACACAAGGCCUGGUGGCCCAUACCUCCAACACAACACUAACCUCAAACGUUUCAGCAGAUGGAUUGGAAGGGAAAUUACCACAGAGCUCAGUUGUAGAUAAAAAAUCCUAAAGGGGAGAGGCAGCUGCCUGCAGCCUCUCCCCCGGCGCUGCAGCACGAGUGCAGAGACAGACUUGAGCACAGUGAGGGGUAACAACACAGAUGAUUUCUAUUUUUGUUAAGUAGCUGGUGUUGUGAGCCUGAACUUGACUGAAGUGCAGCAAUGUGCUGCUUAUGGAACAAUCAGGA